AUGAUCAACUGCUUAAUAAAGUAUAUCUUAUCAAUACCAAAACCAUCGGGUACAUUUUAUCCUGCGUUUUUAGCCAAGUUAACCGAAUACAAUAUCCUAACAUCUGAACUUUACCUGGCUAAUUUGCAUACAAUUUUAUAUGUUGCUGGAUUUUACGAAUUAAUUUUCAUAGCAUCUGAUAAAUUGUUAUAUCCGAUUUUACACAAGUUGAAAAAAAUCAAUAAAGAUGCGAUUAAAGAAUCACGUAAUCAAAUAAACAUGCAUUCGGUUUCUUUUAUUCAAAGUUUAAUCAUAUUACAAUGUUGCUUUAACGCCAUCUUUCAAGAUGGUGAUAAAUAUUGGCCAUUUUCUGGAUUUCAAUUUGAAAACAGUGCAGAAAGAGUUUUCGGGUAUUCUGAGAAAAAUGAAAUUGUUUGUAUCUUCGCUAUUGGGUACUUUAUGUGGGAUAUUCUAAUUUCCAUUUUAUAUUCCACUUUCCCAUUUGUUAUUCAUGGCUUGAUUUCAUUUACAGUUUAUUCUAUUGGCAGUAAACCAUAUAUUAAUUAUUAUGCCUCGAUUUUUCUAUUUUUUGAAUUAUCUAACCCAUUUUUGAAUAUUAGAUGGUUUGCAUUGAAGUAUGAGUUGGGUCGUAUUUCCAAAUUUUGGAGGUUUCUUGUUGAUGCAAAUGAUCUGUUAUUUAUGGUUACCUUUUUCCUGUGUAGAAUUGUUUGGGGGUUAGCUCAAAUUUGUAUAUUGUGUUAUGAUUUCUACAUUGUCAAGGAUGAUCCAAGGUUUUUAAUUUAUGAGACAAUGUUUAUUUGUUUAGGAAAUUUUGUUUUGGAUGGAUUGAACUUGAUGUGGUUUGGCACAAUGAUUAAGAUUGCUUUUAGUAAACUCUUAAAGAAUAAAUCUGUAAAGAAAGACUAA